CAUAAAAAGGCAUCAUUCAACAAACCCAAAAACAAACCACUAUCUCACUCUUUCAUCAUCAUAACCAAAAACCACACAAAAACUAAAACAAAGGAUCACAUUUGUUGGAAAAUAGGCUAAAGAAAAAAAUGUUUAGUCUUCAACUACACUCAACUUAUAGAAUCAUAUUAGCUUUGAGACUCUCUUAUCUUCUAAUUUUCAUUUCAUCACUUCCUAAUUCUCAUAGCUAUCCUUCAAGAACUCACAUCACAAUCUAUGCAAGCUGCUCACAAGAAAAAUACCAACCAAACACACCCUUUGAAAUCAACCUCAACAACUUUCUAUCAUCAGUUGCAACAUCAUCAUCCGAAGUUACUUACGAUACUUUCUCGAUUGGAAACGGAACCUCAACAACACAAGAUGGAGCUGUUUACGGUUUAUACCAAUGUAGAGGUGAUUUGCAUCCAAUUGAUUGUUCAAAAUGUAUUGGAAGAUCUGUUAAUCAAAUAAGCUUGGUUUGUCCUUAUUCACUUGGUGCUUCUUUGCAACUUCAAGGUUGUUAUGUAAGAUAUGAACAUAGUGGUGAUUUUCUUGGUAAAUUGGAUACAAGUAUUAGGUAUAAGAAAUGUAGUAAAGAUGUGAGUAGUGAUGUUGAGUUUUUUCGACGUAGAGAUGAUGUUCUUGAAGAUUUGCAAACGGCGAAUGGAUUUAGAGUUAGUAGUUCUGGAUUGGUUCAAGGGUUUGCACAAUGUUUAGGUGAUUUAAGUGUAUCAGAUUGUUCAACUUGCUUAGUUGAUGCAGUUGGUAAGUUGAAGAGCUUAUGUGGAUCAGCUGCAGCUGCUGAUGUAUUUUUGGGACAAUGUUAUGCUAGGUAUUGGGCUUCUGGUUACUAUGAUGAAUCAGAUUCCCACAACAAUGAUCAAGUGGGGAAAUCAGUUGCAAUUAUUGUGGGAGUAUUUGGGGGUCUAGCAGUUCUAGUUGUCCUUCUCUCAAUUUGCAAAAAAGCAGCUGGCUAGGUGAUAUAUGAAGGGACAAUCAUCAAGAAAGAUCUUAAAAUGUUUGUUAAUUUUAGUGAAAUCCUGCUUUUUCUUUUUGAUCAAAUUAAUAUUUUUACUUUUGACAAAAGAAAGUGGGAGUUAUCUUUUUGUUUGAAAAGUAGAAAUAUUAUAUUCAUCAACAUUGAAAUGGCUCCAUAUUGUCUUGCCUUUUUGAUGUCCAAUAAAACCCAUCAUCAUUCAUUUAAACAUUUUAAAUGCAUUUCUA